AUGGUUAUUUUUCUGCCUUUGCUUUUGUGGGAAACAAGAUGAUGAUGAUGAUGAAUGAGAAGUUGGCUAAGUGCUAGAUAUUUAUAAGUUAUUAGAUGGUUUUACAUUUAAAUAGACAGCUUUGACUUCUAGUUGAAGUGUUUACUGACUGAAGCACUCAAGAGCAAUUAGUGACAUUAACAGAAGCAAUCACUCUGUCUCUGCAUUCAACAGGGGGCAUGGCUGAGCUGUCUGAAACUCCCACAGAAAUUAACCCCGGUCUCUUUUUGGAUACGCCCACUCCGGACUCCAUGAAUCACGCUCCGGCUUUCCCCGCCUUGAGAGAAAUCAGCCUUGACAGUAUUCAGGCCCCGGAGCCGAGGACUAGAGAGGAGUUCCUGCAGUACUCAGUGAGCUUGACCCUUGACUCCAACACGGCCCACAGGCAGCUGACGCUCUCUGAGAACAACACUAAAGCCGCCCUGCAGGGGACGGCCCAGCUUUACCCCGACAGCCCCCAGCGUUUUGAUGGCUGGACCCAGGUGAUGUGUGACAGUCCGCUGUAUGCCCAACGCUGCUACUGGGAGGUGGAGUGGAGAGGCCGGGGCUCCUCAACCGGCAUAGCUUACGGGGCGAUGGCCAGGAAGGGCUCGGACGCCAGGUCAGGCCUCGGAUACAAUGCCCAGUCCUGGACCUUGGAGCUGUCGGACACCUGCUGCACAGCCAUGCAUGACAAUCAGAAAAAGGACAUUCCGGUCGUGUACUGCCCCCGUGUGGGCAUUUACCUGGACCUGUCCGCGGGAACGCUGUCGUUCUACAGCGUCGCAGAGAGCAUGACCCACCUCCACACCUUCCGAGCCAACUUUACGCAGCCGCUUUAUGCCACCUUCUGGGUGGGGAGCGGAAUCGGGGUUGGGCUAGACUUCAGUUCAAGUUCUGAGAGCAUCAAGAUCUGCCCCCUGUGAAGACCAGAGAGUUGGUAAUUCACUGACUGACUUCAGAGCUGAACACAGGAAAAACACAAGUGUUCCUGCUGAUUGUUAGAAUGACACACUGACUGAAAUUAUUUGCAAAGUCAUCUAUAAAUAUAUGUAUGUGUGUAUAUGUGUACAUAGCUUAAAUGCACUUAGUUAGCUUCUACUAUUCACAAAAAACAAAGAGUGCACUGUUUUUAGCAAACGGGAGCUUUCAAUGCCACAGAUUUUGGGUUGAGGCUGUCACAAUAUCAGACUGCAUAGUUAUCAUGGCGCUGAUGCCAUGUCUUCUAUAGAAAGAGAAAAUAAUCUUUAACUUUAUUUAUUCCACUUUUGUAUUUAGUUUUGUUUUUUGGGGGGAUCAAGAUGUUUGGGUAACCAGGUGGGUGCAGGUGGUGGUUAUGACUGAGAUAUCAAAUGAGUAAAUGUCAUUAUCAGAAUGUAAAAAGCAUCAGCAAAGUGUAUAAGGGCUAAAAUAUUUUUUAAAAGAUGGUAUUUCGAUGUUGUGCCUAAUAAAGAAAGUAAUAAUGCUUGACUGAAGUGUGAUGAACAAAUGCCACUGAUAUGUGCAUAUGUGGAUAUCUGGCACAGGACACGGUGCUGCCUGUUAACAAAGUACCAACUACACUUCAAGCAUGCAAAAAGUCGUUUAUCUAAUGUAGUCAGGUGUAUGACCUUUUGUGUUUUGGGUUGUUUGUUUGUUUGUUUGUUUUUUAAGGCAUGUUGGUUACUACUAUUGCAGUUCUUCUAAUGGCCACUUAAGACUGGUUUCAAAAGUAAGUCAGUCCACAUGUACAUUCAUGUUAAAAUGUCCCAAUUUGAUUGUUUGUUUUUUAAAUAUAACUCUUCCAUUUGGGAACUACUAAGGCUUGGAGUUAGGGACGUGGUUACUUUGAAUUACAGGUGAAAGAGAAUCAGGUGCCAUAUUUAUCCCAUAUUGGCUUUUCUUCAUUGGCUUCCUGUUUAUCCAGAAUCAAAUUUUAAAUCCUUCUCCUCACAUAGUCUAGUCUUGUCUUGUAUAAUCAGGUCCCAUCUUAUAUUAAAAACCUUGUUCUACCAUAUCAGCACUUUGUUCUCAGA